UUUGGGGGGCAUUUCUAUGCCCUGGAGGAGACAUGGCACCCAGACCUGGGGGAGCCCUUCGGGGUCAUGCGCUGCGUUAUCUGCCACUGCGAGCCGCAGAGGAACCGCCGGGGGAAGCCAGUGGGGAAAGUGAACUGCAAGAACAUGAAGCAGGAUUGCCCCGUGCCCGCCUGCCCCCAUGCCACGCUGCUGCCCGGGCACUGCUGCCACACCUGCCCCAAAGCCUUGCCAGGCUCCCCGGAGAAGAGCCCUGCAUCCCCCUACGACACCUUUGAGUACUUUCAGGACAAGGAGGAUGACCUGGACAAGCCCUACAACGACCGCUCCUACCUCAGCUCCGAGGGGCUGGCCCGUGAUGAUGCCCGCACAGAGUUCGUGGCCUUGCUGACAAGUGGCCCGGAGCCGUGGCGCCCCACAUCCAGCGCGGUGGCCAAGGCUCGCUUCACCCUGCUGCGCUCCUACCUGCUCUUCUCCAUCAGCUACGAGCGGCUGGGGCGGCCAAGCCGGGUGCGUUUCAGUGACCCUGAGGGCAACGUGCUGUUCGAACACCCCGUGCAGAAGAAUGCAGCCCCGGAGGACAACAUGCUCUGUGGGAUGUGGAGGACGCUGUCCAAAGCCAAUGUACGGCUGCUGCGUGGGGAGCAGCUCCGUGUGUCCCUUGUCACCCGGGCACAGCCCUCCGGAGAGGUCCAUGGGCACAUCCUCAAGCACCGGGCACUCUUUGCGGAGACGUUUGGUGCCAUCCUCACCUCGUCAGACCCCACACACCUGGGUGCUGGGGGCAUGGCCAUGCUGACACUGAGCGACACGGAGAACAACCUGCACUUCAUCCUCAUGGCCAGGGGGCUGCUGGAGCCUGAAUCCCCCUGGGUCCCACUGCGGGUCCGCAUCCUUCACCAUGGCCAGACACUGCGGGAGAUCCAGGCCAACAUCACCCUGGAGGACCCUGACUUUGCAGAGGUGCUGACUGAGCUGUCUGCCCAUGAGCUGCAGUGGCUGGUGCAGGGGCAGCUCCGCAUCGUGGCUGAGACGGAGGGCCAGCACGCGCGCCAGCUGGCAGGCACCAUCACCACCCGCCGCAGCUGUGACACCAUCCAAAGCGUGCUGUGCGGAGCGGACGCCUUGCUGCCAACCAAGACGGGGGCCGUGGGUUCAGCCAAGCUGGCACUGCAUGAGAAUGGCACCCUGGAGUUCCAGGUGCAGGUGGUGGGCACUGCCAGUGAGGUGGUGGGCAUCACACUAGAGACCAAACCCCGGCGGAAAAGCAAGAGGAACAUCCUGUUUGACAUGACACCUAGCUACAAGGAUGGGCUGGCUUGGGGUGUCUGGCAGAGCCCCAGUGCCCGCGAUGCCCACAUGCUGCUGCAGAACGAGCUCUUCCUCAAUGUGGCCACCAAGGACUGGGCAGAGGGCGAGCUGCGGGGCCAAGUCAUCUCCCUGCCCUACAGUGGGCUGCUUGCUCGAUACACAGACUACGAGAUCUCGGUGGCGGGGCGGGGCCGCCCAGAUGAUGACACCAUCAGCGCCCACCUCCAUGGGGUGGCCGAGCUGGGCGAGAUGGGCACCCGCCCCCACCAGCACAAGCGUCUGCUCAAGGGUUUCUACAGCACUGAGGCUCAGGGGGUGGUGAAGGACCUGGAUGCCGACCUGCUGCAGCACCUGGCUCAGGGCACUGCUUUCCUGCAAGUCAGCACCAAAGCCCACCCGCAUGGGGAGAUGCGGGGACGGGUGCACAUCCCCAACCGCUGUCACACAGGAGGGACACGCCUGGCCCCAGGGGAGGCCCUGGGGGAGGCUGAGCUCGUUGAGGGCACCAGGACCAGGGACCUGGAGCAGUUGAAGAAGGACCCCAACUCCUGCUUUUUUGAGGGGCAGCACCGGGCACACGGCAGCCGCUGGGCACCUGACUAUGACAAGAAGUGCUCUAUCUGCAGCUGCCAGAAGCGCACGGUGAUCUGUGAUCCCAUCCUGUGCCAGCCCCUCAACUGUACCCGCCAGGUGCACCCUGAGGAGCUGUGCUGCCCUAUCUGCGAAGAGAAGACUGGACAGGAGGAACUGAAGCUGGAGCGGGCACGGGACAGUAGUGAGGGUUGCUACUUUGAUGGGGACAAGACGUGGCGAGGCUCUGGCACCCGCUGGCACCCUGUUGUGCCCCCCUUCGGCCUCAUCAAAUGUGCUAUUUGCACCUGCAAGGGCACCACAGGUGAGGUGCAUUGCGAGAAGGUGCAGUGCCCACGGCUCACCUGUGCCAACCCCGUGCGCGCCAGCCCCUCUGACUGCUGCAAACAGUGCCCAGCCCCGGAGAAGAGUGUCCCCGAGCUGGCUGACACCAUGCAGGCAGACGGGCCCCGGGCGUGCCGCUUCGGGCGCCGCUGGUACCUCAACAACGAGAGCUGGCACCCCUCCGUGCCCCCCUUUGGAGAAAUGAAGUGCAUCCUGUGCUGGUGUGUGUCAGGAGAGACGCACUGCCAGCGCCAGGAGUGUCCGCCAGGAGCCUGUGACAGCCCCACCAGGAGGGAUAACCCCUGCUGCACCAAGUGCCAUGCCCCAGAUGCUCCCGUGGAUGUACGGGAGAAUGUCCAGGAUGCAAGGGCAGAGAUGUGGAGCCGCUGA